AACCGGAGUGUGUGUAUCUGUGCUAACAGAAACGCACGCUGUCAAAACCUUGUUUAUGUCUUCAACACUGGAACCCUUGCCGAGCGUGGUCUCUCUCCUGGACGGAAGUUCUCCGUAGUGUGUGUUUGUGUGUGUGUGUUAGUUUACUUAGUGCGAGCGGGUCCGCUGUCGGACGGUGUUUACGUCUUCAACACCGGACGAGUCUCAAAGCCCCGCCUCCUUGGACACCACUGUUUGUGCUGCCUACGAGCGACCGGUACAAAACGGAAUAUCCAUCCAUAAUGUACGUGUGCAACUAAAAAGUGAACCACACUGCAUUGGAGUGAGUGAGGGCGGCUGAAUCAAGUUCACACGAAAACAUCCAGACUGGAGACGAAGUACCUGAACAAGUAUUGAAAACACUUUCUCUCAGUGAAUAAAUAAUUCAUCGUGUAGACGUCCGGCCGUAUAAAGGAAGAUUCCACUAAAGAAGUAAAGUGGCAAGAAGGUCUCCGGUCCACAAGCAGGAACCACCACUCGGCUCGCGCUGCCCGCGAAACACGAGACAUUUUGAGAUAAGGUAAAGACGUCGAGGGGUGUCGGCUGCUUUCGUAACGAAUUUCUUCAAAGUAGCAUCGCUAGCUCUCGGAGCGCCGAGAAACUGCGGAUUCGCCGCCUGGCAACUGGACUUGCUCCGAAGUGGCUUCAUCAUCUGUGGUCUUGUGACUGUGAUCUCUGGACACUGUCCAGGAUGGAGUUAUUCAGCGCCCUUGGACUUUGUUGGAUCUUUUGGAUAUACAUGGCCAUUUGUGCGACUGGAGCGCACAGUUGUAUUGUCACCGCACCCAAUGUCGUGCGGCUGGGAGCCGAGGAAACUGCCGUAGUCUUCAACCAAGGACCACCGAAGGAGGUCACGUUAACGCUACAAGAUCACCCAGCGCGAAUACACACCCUCUUCCGAGACACCAUCAGCCUCGGCACAGGUGAGUCAAGGCUGGUGCGCAUGCUGAUCGACCCACAGAAGCUGAGCGCCGACGAGAUUCGUUCUGGCCAGCGACGCUACGUGUCGCUGGUGGUGGAGUGCUACGCGCUGUACAAGAAGGAGGCGCGGCUACUCAUUAGCGACAAGAGCGGCUACCUCCUGCUGCAGAGUGACAAGCCCAUCUACACGCCCAAGCAGACCGUUCAUUUUCGAAUGGUAGCCGUCGGAGAAGACCUUGUGCCCUCCAUCGGUGAACUCAAGCUGGAGAUAAAGAACCCUCAGAACAUCGUCACGUACCAGACGGUGCUGAGCGCGAAGGACAACGCCUCGGCGACGGGGAUGUUCAGCCAUUCGUACGCUUUCCCGGAAUCUCCGAUACUCGGCCAGUGGAAGGCCGUCGUCACUUACGGAUCAUACUUCACGCAACAAACCGAGAUAACUUUUGAAGUACAAGAAUAUGUGUUGCCCACCUUCUCGGUCACGCUUACCACUCCAAGCGUCAUUCUCACAGAACAAGAAUUCGUGGAAGGCAAGGUUGAGGCCAAAUACGUCUACGGAAAGCCAGUUGAAGGUUCGGCAAAUUUCCGUUUCAAGAUAAGAAACGAAGGUGGCACAGACAGAGAACUCGGCUCGACUGAUUUCAAACAGCUCGUUCACGGCGAAGCGAUGUUCCGCAUAGCGACCUCCCAGUUCAAGAUGCCUCAACGCAAACGCUGGGCUGCCCUGGUGCAAGGCAACCGCCUCGUCGUGGAGGCCGAAGUUCUCGACAAGGCGACAAGCAAGCGCGUCACGGCCGUCGACGAGUCCGCCGUGUUCGCGACGUCGCCGUACCUGGUCGGCUUUCGUCACACGCCCAAGGACUUCAAACCGGGCACCGUGACAGUCAUCGUGGCUGACGUGACUACCCUGGCCGGCAAGCCGGCUGUUGGCAUCCCCUGCGCCAUCACCGUUUUGGACGACCACGAACUGGAUGUUCUCGUUGAGCCAACCAUAUCCGUCACAGACGCCUUGGGAAGGGCGGCCUUCCUGGUGCAAACUGAACGGCACCACUCGACAAUAAAGGCCAAGGUCCAAACACGAGACUUGCAGUACAAGCCUCACCAGCAGUCGGAAGGAAACAUCGCCGUCCAGGCGUUCAAUUCUCCCGUGGACGCCUUCGUGGCACUGAAUCGGAUGGACACACGAAAAUCCUUCAAGGUUGGCGAGUACUUCGACAUUCACGUAAUAACUGAGCCGGCUGACAUCUCACCGAUCUUUUAUCUGGUGACGCACCGUGGCCAGACCAAGCAGCACGGCGUCCUGCAAGUCGGCGGCUCGUUGUCCAAUCGAUCCGUGCACUUCGCCGUGACUCGAGACAUGAGCCCCAGGAUUCGUGUGCUGGUAUACGCCUUCCACCGGGGCCACCUGCUCGCCGACUCGCUCACCGUACAAGUCGAGGAAGUUUGCACCGAGUCAUCCACCAUAAGCAUCGAGCCCAACUUCGCAAACGACGAGCCGGGAAACAACGGUUCUCUGAAAAUUCUGGGAAAAAACGGAACACGAGUGGGCAUUCUUGGAGUGGACAAAGCCGUGUACAUCCUCAACAACAAGGGUCUGCUCACGCGGGAGAAGCUGUUCACUACUCUAAAGUCACACGAGCUUGGGUGCGGGCCCGGAGGAGGGCUGUCUUCUGAGGAAGUCAUGUCUAACUUCGGUGUUGUCAUUAUAUCCGAGGAAGGAACCGAGAACGUCCUCAGAACAGAGGGAAGCUGCGAGGCAAGGGUUCGACACCGCAGGAGCGUUCAUCAGAGAGCACAGCGCAAAUUCGACCACGAUCCGUUGCUGAAGGAGUGUUGUGCGCUGGGCCAGAAGCGGGACAGGGUGGGACGUCGAUGCACCACGCGGGCUCACAUCGUGCGUCACUACGUGGAAGGCACGAAGGGCGAAAGGUGCGCCAAGGCCUUCGAGGAGUGCUGCCUGAACGCCACCAGCCUGCCCGAAGGCUCACCGAGUAGGGAGGAUGGGCAGACGGCCAACGCCCCGGACGAGCCCGACCGGAGCAAGUCGGCCGUCGAGUUCACCGUGGACGAGAUCGACGAAGUGGACGGCGAGGUCUCUCCUGAUACGGUGAUACGCCGGGACUUCCGGGAGACGUGGCUGUUCGACGAGCAGGUCAUUGGGCCGGAUGGUGUGGCUGAUUUCGCGGUCAGUCUGCCGCACAGUAUCACCACGUGGUCGGUCCAAGCCGUCAGCGUUUCUCCUACCGGAGGCGUCUGCGUGCCCCAGCCGCAAGAAGUCCGGGUCUUCCAGCCGAUUUUCCUGCAGGUUGCGCUGCCAUACAAAGUGGUUCGGAACGAACAAAUUGAGGUGCUUGUCACGGUCUACAAUUACGGAGCCGAGUCGCUGAGGGGCAACGUCUACAUCUACGGGGUGGAAGGGCUGUGCACCGGUGCACUGCCGGGAGACCGUUCGGAGCGCCGUCCCGUGGUGGUGGAAGCCAACUCGGCCUCCAGCGUCACAUUUCCCGUCGUGCCUCUCAAGGAAGGCUUGUUCGUCAUCAAGAUCCACGUGAGGAGCUCGAAGGGAGAUGAUGUCGUCGAGAAAGAGCUCAAUGUCGUGCCUGAAGGGGUCACGGUUGAAAAGAGCAUCUCCGUGCCCAUUGAUCCGGCGAACGUUCGGAGACGUAGAACCCGCAGCGUCAAAGGCGAUCUGUUCCAAGAUUCCCUGGACCCGGGAGCAAACCUGCAAGUAAUUUCCGUGAACACCCGGCUACCACCAGACGCCAUCCCGGAUACCAAGACUUGUUCGCUCUCCGUCAUAGGGAACCAGAUCGGACCUUCCGUUCAAACGACGCUUGAGAACAUCGAAGAUCUCGUCACGAUGCCCACUGGAUGCGGAGAACAAAACAUGAUGCUCAUGGCGCCUACGCUCUACGCCAUGGAGUACCUAAAACAAAACAACAUGGUCGACGAAGCGCUGGAGGAGAAAGGCUAUAGGUACAUACGUGAAGGCUAUCAGCGGGAGCUUUCAUUCCGGAAGAUGGACGGGUCGUUUUCUGCUUUCAAGCACAGAAAGAGCAGCGUAUGGUUGACGGCCUUCGUCCUGCGAAUCUUUUGCAAGGCGAGGCGGUACGCCAGCAUCGACCCAACCGUCAUCGAGAAAGGGAUGCUGUGGCUUUCAGCGGCGCAGAAGUUAGACGGCAGCUUCGUCGAGAAGAAGCCCAUUAUGCACAAAACCAUGUUGGGAGGUGUCCGUGGUGCCGUACCCAUGACUGCUUUCGUGCUGCUCACAUUCAACGAGUGCAUGCGGCCACCCAGCGGUGUAGCCUACGACAAGUACGACAUCUACUCGCGAGACAGCAAGAGGAUGUCGCGGCGCUCAGUGUCAGACACCCCUGGCAGCCUGUUCAGCGAGCUUGGCUUUCCUGGGCUGUUCAUCAUGUCCGAUGUGGAAGACGUACCGGACAUGGACACGAGCGAUGAUAAUAUAUGGCCCGAAUGGAUGGACAGUUUCGAAGACAACUCUACCGAUCCCGUGGUGGGCGAGGCCGAUCGCGAGUCCCAAACCUACUUCCAGAUACUGGGGAACUCAGCCGAGAUGGCCGUCAACUACCUGCGGGAGCACGCGUUCGAGAGUGACGAGCCUUACGUGGCGGCAUUGGUGGCGUACGCGCUCAGCCAGUCCAACAGCAGCGAGAAGCACGCCGCUCUGUCGGCACUCAAGGACAGGCUCAUCUACGAUCCCAUGUUGAGCACGAGAAGCACGGGCACCGAGCCGAGCGCGCUCGUCGUGGAAGGCACCGCGUACGCCCUGUUGACCCUUCUGGCCCACAACGAAGUUGAGACGGCCAAGACGAUCGUCAACUGGCUCAACACUCAUCGCUCGGCUUCCGGAUCUUUCGCCUCGACGCAAGACACCGUAGUUGCACUUCAGGCCUUGACGGAAUUCGCGCUCAAGUCCCGUGAGCCGAAUGUCGACCUCACGUGCAAUGUUACGCUUAGCAGCCAGCGAAACUUCCAGAGAAGCCUCAGGCUCAAGCGUGACAAUGCUGCCAUACUGCAACAGCUGGACAUUCGUGACGUCAAGGGGAAAAUGUUCGUGAAAGCCAGCGGCACCGGUAGCGGCCUGCUGUCCGUCAAACUGAAAUACAACGUGCUCGUACCACCUGAGCUCCUGUGCAAGUUUAACAUAACCGUGCGUGCCGACAUCCGCAACACGAGGGAGAACAACGCUAAGUCGUACGAGUUGCCACCCGAUCUGCUCAAAGACCUGCUCGGAGACUUCAGGAGGCGACGCUCGAUAGCAUCUUGGUUCCAAAGUUGGAGGAGGAAGAAACCGGCUACGCCGUCUCCGUACCGACAUGAGCCGCUGCCACUCAGGUUUUUACAUGAUUCUAGAAGCAGAGACUAUUCACCGGCGAGCCCCUUCUUCCCAGAAGAGACUGGAGGGUUCAAUAGUGCAGCAAACGGCGAUACUACCGCGGCUUCCGUGCAAGCGACACCGCAGAGCAAGCUUACCUACAACAUCGAAGUUUGCUCACGCUAUAUCGGUACAGAGGAUUCCAACAUGGCAGUGAUUGAGGUGGGGCUUUUCAGCGGAUUUGAGCCAAUUAAGGACGAUUUGGAAAAGGCAACAAAUGAUAGCGAUCUGUUGGCGAAGUACGAGAUGACAGAGAAAAACGUCAUACUAUAUUUUGAUAAGAUACCGUGGGAAUCACCGACGUGCGUCAUGUUCAGAAUACAACGACAGCACGUCGUCUACAACGUUCAGUCUGCAGUUGUUAAAGUCUACGAUUACUACAACCCGAUGCAUUCCUGCACACAAUUCUACGGUCCUGGUUCGACAAGCCCCCUGCUCAAGCUCGUCUGUGAAGGAAACCAGUGCGAGUGCGCCGCAGCCCAAUGCCCGAGGAAGGAGCCGUUCUUAGACGUCGAAAGGGCCGGCACGACAUUGAAGAAACGCGACAAGUUGCGGGAGCUCGUCUGCCAACAACACGAUUUCGCUUGGAUUGGCGUAGUGUUCUCCAACAUUGUCAUCAACGGCUACAGGCACAUCACCUUCAGGGUGGACACGGUGAUCAAGGAAGGUUUGGAGCCCAGCAAUUCCGCCAUGACUGGCACGAAGCUGUUCGUGGCGAGGGAACUGUGCUCCACGGCUGACCUCAUCAAGGGAGCCCGAUACUUCGUGUUUGGCCGAGACAGCGAACCAUUCGAGAAGGACGGCGAAACGAUCAUGAAGUACAACUUGGACAAAGAUGUACGUGUCUUCAACACCGACGAGCGUUCGUCUUCAGUGAGGAGCAAAAAACUGUACUCCGUGCUCCAAUGGCUGACCUCAGGAUUCGAGAGACAAGGGGGCUGUCACGCAUAGCCACGUCGUGUUCGGGAACCAAAGCGUUUGAUGUCGCCUACCUGGGGCGAUAAUCUGAGAAAUGUAUAGAAACGAGUGUCGCAAAUCAUAAAAAUGCCAAGUAUAUUUUGUUUUUCGAGCCAAGCCACACCAAUGUUGUCACGGAAUCUUCGUAAGGAAUGAUUUUGCAGUGCCAAUAGUAUGUUAUCAUGCCUGCACGCGUCACUUAUCAGCGUGGUGCGCAACAAUUCCGACGUGAAAUUUCACUCUGACGACGCGACUCAGUAUAAAUGUCGGGAAGAAACGAAUACGUCCAUUGCUGACAUGUCAACACAUCUGGAAACAUGUCGAUUUCCCCGCAUAAGGUUGGGGGAGCCAUCUGUCAGGACCACAGAAAUUGUUUAAUUUUUGCAGCUGGUCUACCCUAUUAUUUUGUUGAAGCUGUUCUGAAUGUAUUAGGUUUUCUCGUUGCAAAAGAACGCCCACUUCCAUCGUAUUGUAAAUGUAACAGUAAGAUAUUGGAUUCUAAUGUUCUAAGGUUAAGAGGCUUCAGCAAAAUGCGUUUCGAAAAGCUGAUCUAUUUCCUUCCUUUCCAACCGAACUUUUUUCCUAGACCUUUUAUGUCAGAAAAGUGAACAAACACAUGUAAGCAAAACUGAUAAGCCUGUGGUUUAGCUUGAAUUGUAUACACGGCAUUGCUACAUGUGUGAAACUCGGUACUAUACUUCAUGCGAGAAGCCACUGGAACAAUCGCAGCCACUGAUUUCGUUCUCAACCAACGCCGCAAGGAAUUCUGUAUAUUCAAUCUUAUGUCGGCGGCAUAGUGAGAAAAGUGUAGUCAUUUCAAGCUGUGUCUACUUAAUGCACGAUACUCAACCAGGAUGACAAUGACAUUCGACGCGGCGUGCAUGCGACGGGCUGUCUGAAGGACAUGCUGCAGAGUAUUUUAAAAACUUUUCAGAGCUUCGUUUUUGUAGUCAAUGCUCCUACUAGAUGAAUGACAGGACCUGUUCUGAAUCACUGGACAUUUUAACCGAAUAUUCCCACUCUCAAGCAAAGAUCAGGGGCUAUAUUCAGGAAGAAUAGAGUAAAUAGUAGUCGGAUAGGUAUAUAUAGCGAUACAUUUCGUAUAAUACGCUAUAUUUUCACGUACAGCCAGCGGUAAAAAUGACGCGAAGAAUAAAAAAAAAAAACAUUUGUCAGACUUCGCUUUUCUCGGCAAUGCUUUAAUCUGCAAUAUAACAUGAAAAUAAGGUGCCCUUGACAACUUGAACACAUGUAGGGUGAAAUGUUUGGAGUAAAUUUCAAUGGUGCGCCCA